AUGAGUUCAGAAGGCACGCCUACUAAUGAAGCUUCCCAAGAUGGUCGUAGAUCAACUAAAGCUAGGCCAGCACUAAAGUUCAAUGAAAAUCAUCGACCAUUAUUUGAAGCCGCAUCCAAAGGUGAUUGGAAAGCUGCCGAGCAAAUCCUCAAUGAAGAUUGCGAAGCAAUAACGGCCAAAAUUAUGACCUUUGGAAAUGAAUCCAUUACUGUGCUUGAUAUUGCGGUUAUGGCCGAACAAGAUCAAUGGGUCGAGAACCUAAUCCAACGCUUGCCUUCAGAAUACGAUAAUUCCUUUUUCAGGAGGGCCAUUUACAAUGCUGCACGAGGAGGAAGAAUAAGGAUGAUAAAGGCAUUAGUAGACAAUGAACCUAACAAAGUAUCCUAUGCCCUGUGGAUUGCUACUAGAUUUGCUCCUAUGCAAAAGGAGGUUAUACGGUACCUGGCCAGGCGUACAACAUCCACCCCAGAUUAUGAUACCAUGAGAAGCCUUAUUAUGGCCGGCCAUUUGGAUAUAGGCUUGAAUUUAGCUCGCCGCUACCCCGACGUAGCAAUAUCCGAAGAUCUCGAAUGCGAUAACAUUUUGGGAGCCUUGGUGAGGAUGGAGUCUUACUUCCGUAGUGGAGCUACACUCAAUUUUUGGGAAAGAUGUAUUUACAAAUGUAUUCCUCUAUAUUUGGUUGAUACAUCAUUUGAUUACUCCAAAGACAUGAAGACGGAUCGAGUAGCAUUAGCACUUAAGCGAAUCAAGAUAUCACUCUGGAAUCUUGCCACAAUAUCAGCACCUUUCAUCAAAAGGAUUGGCGAAUCGAAGUUGAGGCAUAAAUGCUCGUUUGAGCUUGCAAAUCUAGUUCUUAAAGUGAAGAAGACUCAUAUUGAAACUCUCGAAUUACUCGAGUUAUUGUUAAGUUCAGGCAUUGUCCUUGACGCAGCAUCUCGAGGAAUUUCUGAAAUUGUCAAGUCAUGUCUUAUCCAUUUUCCGGAGUUGAUGUGGGAUGACAAUUUUGCCAAAGAAUUGAUAAAAGUAGCUGUGAACGGACGGCAAGUUGAGUUGUAUAGACUAGUGAAGGCAUACAAUGGAGUUGCAAAAUUGAGUGACGAUGGUUUAACGAACCGCGACCUAAUGGAGGCAGUAGUAAAAUGGUCACCAGGAUGUGUACCGGCAGAUGUUUCUGGGGCAGCUUUUCUUAUGCAAAGGGAACUUCAGUGGUUUAAAGUACUGGAAGAUACGAGCGAUCCUUCUUUUAAAAGUCUGAAAUUGGUAGAAACAAAAGAAACGAGAGGGAAAACAUAUUGGGAAGUUUUUGUAGAACAACACGAUGAUUUACUCAAAGAGGCAAGGCAAUGGAUUAAGGAAACAUCAUCGUCUGGUAUCGUCGUUGCGACUCUCAUCACUACGGUAGCCUUCACUGCGGCCUUUACAGUACCAGGAGGCAACGAUGACAGUACAGGGAUCCCAAUCUUUUUGAAUAAGGGUUCAUUCUUGGUUUUUAUAAUUGCAGACGCUCUUGCUCUCUUCUCCUCUGUCGCUGCCAUCAUGAUGUUCUUGGCUAUCCUACUUUCACCCUGUGCAAUUGAAGAUUUCUACCACUCACUACCGAGAAAUCUGACACUGGGCCUCAGUCUUGUCUUUGUCUCUUUGCCCUAUAUGCUGGUGGCAUUCAGCUCUGCUAUUACAAUUAUCCUGAGCAACCAAUUGAAGUGGAUUUCCAUCCCAAUUACUUUGCUGAUGGUCUUCCCUGUUGGAUUGUUCUCAAUCCUACAGUUGCCAUCGUAUAUUGAAAUGGUCGAAUCCACUUAUUGGCCACGCCUCUACCAUCCCCUGAAGCGUUGGAAAUGA